CGUGAGCGACGACUCUCCUCGUUCGAUCGCUCGUCGCGUCAUGCACGCGAGCGACAGCGUGCCGCGAGUAUCUCUCAUCAAGCUCGCGGACGGCGACGACGUCGAAAUCGCGCGUCUGGGUGAAGCGCUGACGUCGAGCGAGCGUGUCGGUUACUUCGAGCUCGACGCUCGAGACGUCGGCGAGGCGUCAACGUCGCGCGUCGCGCCGUUCGACGUCGCGCGCACGUACGACAUCGCCCGAACGUUCUUCUCGCUGCCAGAAGACGUGAAGGCGCUGUACGUACACUCGCAAUACGCGAACGAGAGCGGUGGUUUCGUGCCCCUGCUGGAAGAGUACUCUUACCAAAAGAAAACAGCCGCGCUCGUCGAGUCGUUUGAUGUCGUUCGAGAGUUGAGCUCAUGUGAGAUUGAGCAAGUGCGAGACGAACGAGGUGACGACGCGGCACGAGGACUUGGACCUAUGGAUUGGCCGGUGGAGGUGCCCGCGAUGCAAAGUGCGUUUUGCAGUUUUUACAGCGCGUGCGAUGGCGCGGCGAGGACGCUGUAUCGAUGCUUUGCGAAGGCGCUUCACGUCGACGACGAAGACGUCUGGGUAAAGAAAUUUGGCAAUACGUCACACUGCAGCAUGCGCGCAAUGCGAUAUCCAUCGAUGAAAGUGGAUGACGAAGCGAACGAGGAGGACUCGACUACGCGACGCAGCGAACGAAUCGCCGCGUCGAAAGUGGAAAUAGUUGGUAUCUCGGAGCACACAGACUUUGAAUUCUUCACACUUCUUCAUCAGACGUGCGAAGGAUUAGAGCUCCAAGGGCGAGAUGGUGCGUGGCGCUCGGCGCCGGCGUACGAGAAUGAGGCCAUUUUUACGUGCAUUCUGUCGGACGCUUUCGAGAUUUUUACAAACGGAGUCGUACGCGCGACGCCGCAUCGCGUUCGACCAUCUCGCGAUGGACGAGAUCGAUUAUCGCUCGUGAGAUUCAACGGUCUCAACGACGACGCCGUCAUUGCGCCACUUCCACAGUUUGUCACUCCGCAUCGUCCGUUGAAUGCAGCGUACGAACCGCGGACACAAGGCGAUCACGUCGGACAAAACGUCACUCGCGCCAGCGACAACCUCGCCGAUAUGAUCGACAAGCAGGUGUACCCGAAAUCAGAGCUUACGAGACCGCCAAAGCGUUUUGCUCAGCUUCUCGUUUUGGACGUCGCCAACGGUCGCAUCCUGCUGGGGAAGCACACGCGCGGCGAAUUCGCCGGCCGCUACACCGGCUUCAUCGCCGAAGUCGACAGCGAGAAGGAUUUAGUCCCACUGGACGUCGCUCGGUCCGUCGCACUAGAGGAAGCAGGUCUCAACCCCUUGGCGUGCGAUGCUUUGAACGAUCCGAAAGAUCUUUUUGAAGCCGCGCGCUUCGUAUUUCGCGGUUGGAUGCCAGAUGGUGGUCUCGCCGUCGAGCACGAAUUUGUGUGCGCGUUUCGCGACGGCACGAGCGUCGCGAAGUUGUUUCCAACUCACGCGCGCGCGUCAGCUGACAUCAUUCCGACGUGGUUUCAACAACAAGAAAUACCGUAUGCAGAUAUGCCUGAGGACGACGCGAUAUGGUAUCCCAUCGUGUUGGGACGCUUUUCGAAACACGACGGUGUCGACGAAUCGCUCGUCAUUGGGCAUUUCGAUUUCUCAGGCGACGAAGGCGAGCUCACCGACCAUGCCGUACACGAAGUCGAGUUUCGACACAGCUCAUUCAAUCGUUCGUCCACCGCGCGCGUUCUCGCACGUCUAGAACGUCUAGAAGGUAGAAGCGUGUAAGCGUGUAGAAGACGAUGAUGGCACCCUCGAGAUGAUUCGCGCGACGAGCUCGACGCCGACGCCGACGCGAGGUCGUGUGUUGCGCGAGUGCAUAGUCAGCGGUCGCGAGUGGAAAGCGCUACAGCGCGUAUGAAGAUGGCGACAUCGGCUGGAUCGUCGCGGCAUGGCUCGAGCGAUGAGGAGUCCGACGAAGCGCCGCGCGCUUACGGAAACGGCUCACGCGCGUACGAACGCGAGUUCGAAGCGUCUUCAGACGACGAAAGCUUAGAUUACUCGCGCCUUUAGAAUCGAGUAUUUAGACUCGCGCCU